ACUAAUCGUUUCCUCCUGGCGAAUUGGAUAGACAAUAAUUUCCAUCAAAACCGCAUCUGAACACUCCCUCUAGACUCCAGUCUUUUUUUUUUUUCUUUUUAAGGUAAGCGUCUCAACUCCCAACUCAAAACUCCUCACUGGCUUUUUUCUCUGGAGAUUUUUAUUGCUCACCUUUAAUUAACUUCAUAGUCCAUUUUAUGGUGUUUUGUCCUUGAAUUUCCUUUGUUUUAAUCACUGGGUCUAUCUUCUUCAUCUGUGCUUUGGUAUAGUUUGCUUAGCUUUUCUUUGUGAGAACAUUCUUUCUUUCUUUCAUUUCUUUAGUCAAAAGCAAAGAUGAUUAUUGGGUAGUACUCGUAUCAGAAUAUCAGAUAUCUAGCUAGAAAUCUUAGCAACUUUUAAUUGCUUGAUUUCUUGGGUGCCUUCAUUUCUAAGUUUUUGGUGUCAUGUUUAAUCAUUCCAGGUUUAAGGACCUCAACAGAAAAUCAAGGAAAAGAGAAAAGCUUUGAAUGGAAAUCGCUUCAGCCAAAUGGUUACCUGAACUGGAAAUGGAGGAUCCUACGUUUUUCCCACAAUACCAAAUGAUGAACCCCAUUGACUAUUCAUUUGAUGAUCUCAAUUUCCAAUCUUUUUCUUCAGAGAGCUAUUCAACCUAUCCAAAUAUCGACCAGAAAAUCUCCCACAACAAUAUCAAUGGUUCAUGCAUUGAAGCUUCUCUUCAGGUCGAAGACUACUUUAAAAGGCCAAUGAAACAACUCAAGACCAACAGCUGGAACCCUUGCAUCACAGAAAACAUCCCACCAAAGGCUUCUUCUUCCUCUUCUUCCCAUAUAAUCUCCUUUGACAACUCGAAUUCAUCACCGGUUAUAUCUCAGCAAUACUAUGGUACAGACUGUGCUGUGAAACCAAAAAAUGAGGUUUCAAAGAGGGCCGGUUCAUUGACUAGGACUCCAUUACAUGCUCAAGAACAUGUAAUUGCUGAACGAAAACGCCGAGAAAAGCUCAGCCAGAGAUUCAUAUCUCUUUCAACACUUAUUCCUGGCCUGAAAAAGACGGACAAGGCUUCUAUUCUUGGAGACGCUAUCAAGUACUUGAAACAGCUUCAAGAGCGAGUGACAACACUUGAGGAACAAGUUGCUAAGAAAACAGUGGAAUCAGUGAUUUUUGUGAGGAAAACUCAAAUUUAUGCAGAUGAUGAGAUAUCUUCAUGUGAUGAGAACUUUGAUAGUCAAUCAAACAAGCCGUUCCCCGAGAUAGAAGCAAAAGUUUCAGACAAGGAUGUGCUCAUAAGAAUCCACUGCGAGAAAAACAAAGGGUGCAUAUCCAAUAUCAUAAACGAAAUCGAAAAGCUUCAUCUCUCUGUGCUCAAUACAAAUGUCUUGCCCUUUGGACAAGCUACUCUUGACAUAACCAUUGUUGCUCAGAUGGAAGCUGAGUUUUCAAUGAAAGUGAAGGAUCUUGUGAAAAGCCUACGACUAGCUUUGCUGAAGUUCAUGUGAUGAACUUGCAAAACCAUGUUCACGUUAAGAAAAAAACAAGAUUGCCCAUUGACUUCAUUGUAUAGGAAGAAAAUAACUAGGAAUAAGCUCUAUGGAGUUUCUUUUUUCUUGUCUUUUUGUAUCAGUGAUAAUUUUCUAUGGUUUGUCUUUGUUGGGCAUUUUCCUCAGACCUUAGAGAGAGAAACAAUAGCCUGUGAAUUUUUCUCUCAGUAAUAUUGAUGACCUGCCAUUCUCAAUAGCUAGGAGGAUAUAUCCAAUUUUACAGCAGAGGAGGUUUCCAUUUGUGUUUAUUUUUGUGUGGGUUUGACUCGUUGACCACGUUUAAUUUUCCCCACGUGCUGUAUUUGGAUUCUGCUAGCUUUGAAGAGGUUUUUGAGAGGUUUUGACUUCAGUUGUUAUACAUGGCCUCUUUCCCUUUUUUUUCUCCAUUAAAAUUGGAGAUUUACAGGCAGUUUUUCUUUCUUUGGUUUGAUUAGAAAUUUUAGGAACCUUAUGAUAAUUUUAUGUUUGGGUCGUUCUAUAAACUCUCCUUGUAAUUGCACCUUUUACUUUGAAUAACAACGGAUUUUUUUUUCUUUUUUGUUCAUAUAUUAUUUAAUUUUUACUAAGAUGUCAAUAUAUUUAUCGUGAUUAAUUCUAAUAUUUUUUUUUAAAUUAUUACGAUUUUUGUUGGAAUGCAUGUGGAAUCCAACUUGAUAAAUUUAACAUUACAUUAGGAAUUUAUGACUAGCUAUGAAUUGAACAUAUGAAGUAUGAAGAGAAAUGAAUGUA